UCACCGCCUUCCGGAAGUGAAGUUUGCUGUCGCUGCCUCCCAUGUUCGGUCCAACUUGUCCGCACCUUCCGAACCGGCUGCAGGGAUGAUGAGGCGUUCAGGGCUGGCUCGGACAUUAGGCUGCUCGCACUGUUCCAACCUCCGCUUUUACAGCUUUUACAACAAUGUUGUUUUUGAUGUGCUAACAACACACCUGUAGUGACACACCUGUCCUCGCAUGACUUUUUAAUCACUUCUCUAAUAAUAUCACAUUUGACAUCUUUAAGUGUAAAAUGCAACUUUUGAGGUUCUUUUUUUUUUUUUUUUAAACAACAAACACUAUUCGUUUGUAAUUUAGAAGAUAUAAACAUCGUAAUUAAGUACAACAUAUAGAAAAUAUAAACAAAUAUAUUGAUGUAUACACUUUUUUGGAGUGACUGCAAAGUCAACCUUCUGGAUUCCGACCGCCAACGAACGCAGCAUGAUCCAAGCAGGAACUGUGCUGGAAGACUUCCGGGAUCCCAAAGUACAUAUUUGACUUGCUCUGACGUCACCACUCAGCUUCUUCUCAGCGAGGACCGCGAACGCCUCAUGUUGCUAAGGUCACGUGACGCUAUCUGACUUCAAAUGACUGUGUGCACAUGUGGCUCCUCCUCCGGGACUCCGCCCACAUCUUUACAUGCUGCGAGGACGCCAUGACGAGCAGGAGCGUUUUCAUCCUGGCGUUGGCGGUGCUGUCAGCAGGCGGCGCUGGCUCGUCGAGGGAAGACAGAAGGCGGCGUGCGGUUCUGUCGUCGUUGUGGAGCUCAGCAGGGUUCUGUCACAACGGAGGCACGUCGGUCCCGAGCCUGACGACGGGCCAGCACAUGUUCUGCUUGUGUGCUGAAGGUUUUGAAGGAACCUUCUGUGAAACAGCCACCGGCGCCGCCGACUGCUACGAGGGCGUCGGACUCUAUUACCGAGGUUUUCGGUCUACGUCGGAGAGCGGCCGGCCGUGUGAGGACUGGGACUCUGAGUCCAGGAAGCGCUUCCUGACCUCGGAUGUCGAAGCCGGCAGACACAACUACUGCAGGAAUCUGCACUACAAGCGGCAGCCAUGGUGUCACGUGUGGAAGGACCAGCAGCUGCUCUGGGAAUACUGUGACAUUCCUCGAUGUGGCGACGGAUGGGUCAAUCCUGCGACUCCACCCCCCAAGUCCACCGAGGCCCCUGGGCCAGCAGCGUGGACGUGCGGCCAGCGCUCCCGAAGAAAGCAGAUGAGGAUCGUGGGCGGGGCUGUGGCCUCGGUGGAGUCGCACCCGUGGGUGGCAGCCAUCUUCUGGCGCAGCAAAUCCAAGGAGAAGGUGUUUCGUUGCGGGGGGAGUUUGAUCUCCAGCUGCUGGGUCCUCACUGCCGCUCACUGCUUCCCUGAUGGCUCUCAGAAUAAACAGAACCGAUUCCGGGUCAUUCUGGGCAAGAGCUCCCUGAACGAGAGUGACCAGGCCCUGGAACAAACCUUCAGGGUGGAGAAGAUCAUCGUACACGCGGACUUCGACAACCGGGAGGGAAACUACGACAACGAUUUGGCGCUCAUCGAACUCAAGUCCAAGAGAGGUCGUUGUGCACAGCAGAGUCACGGCGUCAAGUCCAUCUGCCUUCCUCCGCCGGGCCAGAAUCUUCCGCCGGGUUUCGCCUGCGAGAUCGCCGGCUUUGGCAAGGAGAAGCACGGCUUGUGGUACCACUCCCAGAACCUGCGCUCGGCCCAAGUGGACCUGCUGGCCGACAGCGUGUGUCGUCAAGACGAUCACUAUGGCAACAAGAUCAGCGACAAUAUGUUGUGUGCGGCUCGGCCCGACUGGAGCCAGGACGCCUGUGAGGGGGACUCGGGGGGACCGCUGGCGUGCCAAGUGGGCCGCCACUUCUUCCUGUUCGGAGUCAUCAGUUGGGGCGAAGGAUGCGCCAAGGAGUUGCGUCCUGGCGUCUACACCCGAGUCAGCAACUACAACCGCUGGAUCCAGGACCACACCCGCCAUACUGGAGACCUCCUCACUCACUAGUCGGCUUGGCAACCACCAAAUAUUCACACAUUCAUAUAUACAUGUAUCUAUACAUUCAUAUAUCCAUACAUUCGUAUAUCCAUAGAUUCAUGCAUUCAUAUAUCCAUACAUUCAUACAUCCAUACAUUCGUAUAUUAAUACAUUCAUACAUUCAUGUAUUCAUACAUUCAUAUACCCAUACAUUCGUAUAUUAAUACAUUCGUAUAUCCAUACAUCCAUAUAUGCAUACAUUCAUAUAUUCAUACAUUCAUAUAUUCA